GCACUAGGGCAUGUGACGUAUUUCCGUUUCCAAAUACUACCGCUUGGACGUUUCCGGUAUGUUUGUUUAUCUAUCGGUAGCUAUGCUAAUGUCACUUCAGAAUGAGUAUAAAAAGGAAAGUAUUUCAAACAGAACAUUUUCAAAAACAGGAGAAGAAAUACUCUGAGCAUUGCUGUGUCCCACUUUGUUCGGCUUCAGCCAAAUUUAACGGCAUACUAAAUUUUCAUGGCUUUCCGACCCAUUCCGACUUGAGAAGACAAUGGCUGGUAAACAUACGCCGGGAUAAUUUCACGAUUACCUCUCACACCAGGGUCUGCAGCAGACACUUUGCCAGUGAUCAACUCAUAGAGCCAACAACCCUUGAUGGUCGAAGGCGGCUUAUUAAAGGUGCUGUACCAACACUUUUUGAGUGGAAUGGCUUUAAAGGUGAACCACCGCGGCGUAGUGUUUGGGAGAGAACGGAGCAAUGCCUUGAACUAGUUCCUGCUGACGAUCAAGAAGAGCACAGUCUUACAAGAGAUCAUGACUACUGCUCAGUCCCUGAGCCGUCUGCAUUGGACAUAUCUGCAUCAGCUGCAGAAGACCUGUCCAAAGACGUGGAGACUCUGAGGAAGGAAAUACAGGAGUUACGUGUCCAGCGAGAAUUUGGGUUACAGCGUUUUGCUGGCUCCGACACUGACAUCCGAUUCUAUACCAGAUUUCCAAGCUAUGAUCAUUUGAUGGCAUUUUGGUUUUUGAUUGAGCCUUGCAUCUAUAAAAUGAUCCGGGUUUCAAGAGCCAAGUCAGCUGCCAAUAGGAACGAAGAAGUGUUGACACCUGCACGCACAUCAACGUUGGUUUGAAGGAGAGGGACCUGGCACACCGAUUUAACAUACACCAGUCCACAGUGAGCCGCAUUAUUGCAACAUG